UCUUUAUAUCAUAAGAAUAAAAUGCUGGAUUCACUUACUAAAAAAGUAACAGAAGUAUAUAGAGUUUGCUGUGAAACAGAUGAAGUAUCCAGCAUGACCUCAUUCCAGAUGCUAAAAAAAAUAGAAAUGCGAGUUUCAGAACUCUGUGAGAUGUUGGAAAUACUUCCAAAAGAAUAUAUUGAGAUCAUUGAAGUCACUGAAAAGCUCAGAGCAAAAGAAAGACGACAAAGGGUGCGUGAAGACAAAUUGAAAGAACUCAGAAGAAUUCAGGAAGAACGGCUGAAGCUUGCUCUUGAGAGAGCAAUUGCAGAACCAAAGAAAAGGAUGGGAAGAAAACUAGUGUACCGGUCACAGCCUCCAAAGACUAAGCAAGAAGGAGAACACAUUACAGAUGCAACUACAAAAAGUGAAGAUGAUUACUACUUUACUUGA